GUGCCGAACCGGUUUCGUAUAAAGGUGUUACCGCCCGCUCUGUAGCAGCGGCUGUUCCUGUGUGUGUCACAGACUCAAGUGUGCAGUGAACGGAGUAAAGACAUAAUGGGUGCGAUGAAGGGGAGAUCGGUGCUGGUGGCGGUCUUGGCUUGUGUUGUUGUGGGGUCGCUGGUCAUCCUCAGGCAAUACUUCCAGGUGGUGGACAUGACAGAGUAUCGUGAUGACUUCAUCUACAAGACGUCUCUCGAGGAACUGCGGGGGCAAGGCCAGAUUAUCCUGCCGGACAAAGCUGCUAUAGACAAGUUGUCAGCCGCCGCGGUGUUUCGGACCUACCACAGUUACCUUGACAACGUAGACAUAUUGUGCUCCCGGAAGCUGCGGAUGGGAAGAUUGGGAGACGGAGGCUGGGAAAUAUGUGAUGACAGAGAAUAUCGUCCCGUAAAGCCUUGUAUUGUGUACUCCUUUGGAAUCAACUAUGAUUAUUCCUUCGACGAUGCCAUGGCGAAAAACUACGAGUGUGACGUAUUUUCGUUUGACCCAAGCAUGAAGAAAAACAGCUACCAGAGAUCAGCGCGUGUUCGUUUCUUAAACAUAGGCAUAGAUGGGGAGAACACGGUGAACGGAAACUGGGAGAUGCACACCCUGGGCCGAGUGAAGGCCAUGCUCAAUCAUAAUCAGAAUGCCAUCGAUGUUCUUAAAAUGGACGUUGAAAGCUCAGAAUGGAGAUCCCUGCCGGAAAUGGUGGCCUCUCGAGACCUCCGCUCUGUGCGACAGUUGCUUGUAGAAUACCAUGGAAAGUGCACGGAUCGAGACGCGUGCAUACAGAUGCUGAAGGUGCUCAAAGAUGUCUACGACUUGGGAUUCAGGAAGUUUUAUGUCCACAAGAAUCCUGGUUGCCACUUGAAGUCGUCUGUGUUUCCCGUGGAACGGACAUUCUGCUAUGAAAUUCAUUACGUAAAUACCAACCUCAAAGCACAUUAACAUUCUCAGUCAAGGAUAGACAUUGUUUGUCGGUCCAGCAAGUGUUUGAAGCUGGUCAGGAAACAACAAAACCUAGACAUGUACACCAGCUACAUCCGUCCAUGGACAGGGAAAUAUAGGACACCCAGUCGUCCAGAACAUCCUGAUAGGUAUCACAUCAAGUUGCCCGUUCUUUGUUUUGCUGGACUCCAUCUGUAACUAAACUGUGACCUCGUUAAACGUGUUUGUGAGCACGGCCCUUGUCACACAAAAGUACAGAAAAAGAAGUGCAUUUGUACAACGCCAUCCCUCUGACUGAUGCUCCGGUUUAUCAGAGCUCCGUUCUAAUCUGAUAAAUACCCAGCAUCCAUUCGCUACCAAAGCUCCGAUUUCAGCCCGAUUCUUACAUGCAUUUUAGGUUCCUGUAACCAUUUGUUUUGUCGUUUGUAUAUCUUAUUUAUAUCUAUUUACAAUGAAGAGAUUUGUCAACAAUUAUGUACCCAGAAUGAAAGGGCAAAUGUUUGUAUUUGUGAUGUGAGGGAAUCCCCCCUUUCAACGAUGCUCUCUGUGAGUGAGUGAGUGAGUGAGUGAGUGACGUUUAUCAUGUUUACACCACCUACAGGUAGAGGGCGCUGUGAUUAUCGCUUGACUAUUGGUGACUACAACAAGGAAUAUACCUGAUUCUAACUUACAAUAGAUAACAAACUAGCGUGUUACUUGUUCCCGGUUUAUUAGGAGUUCAUCCCCACGGCUCCUGGGACGCUGUGCCCUCCCUAUCUGCCACCGUAAUGGACUUCUGUGAUCUGACAUACAUUGUGAAAAAAGUUCCUGGAAACUUACAGAGGUAUUAAUAGAUAUGACACAUAUCUGCUACUGCUUUCCAUUCCUCAUCCUGUGACAUAUCCAUGUGUGUGGAAUCAAAGGAACCAAAUCGACAGUGGAUACACUUUUAAAUACUACUUAAAAACAUCUGUUCAAGUGAGAGAAAAGGGGAUGACGAAAAUAACAUGAAUACAAAAUACUCACAUUUCAUCUCAUCUUCUGACACUCAAAUCUGUGAUGAUGCAUGCUAUUUGUGAAUAUGAUUAUGUGUCGCAACCUUGUGUGUUUUACAUAUGACGCUUUGCAUUAAAACCAUUACAUUUUUUAUCUUUAUUGCUAUUGCAAUUUCAGAUAUGUACUUUACAACUCUGUGAACAAUAAAAUGUGAAUCAGA